AUGUCAGCUUUAAUGAAGCUGAAGACCCUGCAAGGUCAUUUGGAGGGUCUAAAUGGAUUUGAGAAUCCAAAAAUUAAAUUUGAACAAUAUGCAACUCCAGCCCAUCUUGCUGCUACAGCUCUUUAUACUAUACAGACACAGUUUGAAUCUAUAGAAAACUGUACAGUUCUGGAUGCUGGCUGUGGUCCCGGCAUUUGGGGUAUCGGCGCCGCUCUGCUGGGAGCCAGCAUAGUCACAGCUGUAGAUAUCGAUGAUGAUGUCUUGCAGGUAUUCAAGGAAAAUGUUGAAGAGAUGGAACUGACGAAUGUUGAUGCUGUACAGUGUGACUUUCUAGAUCCAAGAGUUGCUAGAUGGGAAGGUUACUUUGACACAGUGGUAAUGAACCCGCCAUUCGGCACAAAAAACAAUGCUGGUAUCGACAUGAAGUUCCUCCGAAUGGGUACCCUCCUUAGCUGUGACAGUGUGUACUCAUUACACAAGACUAGCACUAGGACACAUAUAGAAAAGAAGAUUAAGGAUUGGGAUAUGAAAGGGAGUGUCAUAGCAGAGAUGAAAUAUGAGUUGCCAGCUACAUACAGGUUCCAUAAGCAAAAUUCUAUGAACAUAGCUGUGGAUAUAUGGCGAGUAUAUCAUGCACAAUAA